AUGUAGUUUGAUGCUUUUUUCCCCUAAGGAGAAGAACCCUAUAAUCCUAGUAUAUUAAAUGAGUGAUUUAGAGGUGGGAAUAAUCUUCAUAGAUACAGUUUGGCCCUGCCAAAAGUCUGCUUGUAAUGGUGACUAAUAAAUGAAGAAACCAAUAUUUUGCAUUACUGAACAACUUUUUCUUUUUUCCUCUUGGAUAGGUUGGAUGAGACCUCAACCUAUGAAGACUGUGAAGACAAUUUUGAAUAGCAGUUGUGACUGGUGAUGCUGUCAGACACAUUCUGCAGAGCAUCUGGAAUGAACCUCUCUUAUUGACUAUUUUCAUUGGCCCAGAGCCAGGAGUACUGGAUUCACUUGACUUUGUUGACAUAUGAACCAGUGUGAUGGUGAAAUGAGAUGAGGCUCCGAAAUGGAACUGUAGCCACCAUUUUAGCAUUUAUCACUUCAUUCCUUACUUUAUCUUGGUAUACUACGUGGCAAAAUGGGAAAGAAAAACUGAUUGCUUAUCAACGAGAAUUUCUUGCUUUGAAAGAACGUCUUCGAAUAGCUGAACAUAGAAUCUCACAGCGCUCUUCUGAAUUAAGUGCCAUUGUACAGCAGUUCAGGCGUGUAGGAGCAGAAACAAAUGGGAGUAAGGACACAUUGAAUAAAUUUUCAGAUAAUACCCUAAAGCUAUUAAAGGAGUUAACAAGCAAAAAAUCUCUUCAAGUGCCAAGUAUUUAUUAUCAUUUGCCUCAUUUAUUGCAAAAUGAAAGAAGCCUUCAACCUGCUGUGCAGAUUGGUAAUGGAAGAACAGGAGUUUCAAUAGUGAUGGGAAUUCCUACUGUGAAGAGAGAAGUUAAAUCUUACCUCAUAGAAACUCUUCAUUCCCUUAUUGAUAAUUUGUAUCCUGAAGAGAAGUUGGACUGUGUAAUAGUGGUCUUCAUAGGAGAGACAGAUAUUGAUUAUGUACACGGUGUUAUAGCCAACCUGGAGAAAGAAUUUUCUAAAGAAAUCAGUUCCGGUUUGGUGGAAAUAAUAUCACCUCCUGAAAGCUAUUAUCCUGACCUAACAAACUUAAAGGAGACAUUUGGUGACUCUAAAGAAAGAGUAAGAUGGAGAACAAAGCAAAACCUAGAUUACUGUUUUCUAAUGAUGUAUGCUCAGGAAAAGGGCAUAUAUUACAUCCAGCUUGAAGAUGAUAUUAUUGCCAAACAGAAUUACUUUAAUACUAUAAAAAAUUUUGCCCUUCAACUUUCCUCUGAGGAAUGGAUGAUACUAGAAUUCUCCCAGCUGGGCUUCAUUGGUAAAAUGUUUCAAGCGCCAGACCUCACUCUGAUUGUGGAAUUCAUAUUUAUGUUCUAUAAGGAGAAGCCCAUUGAUUGGCUCUUGGACCAUAUUCUUUGGGUGAAAGUCUGCAACCCUGAAAAAGAUGCAAAACAUUGUGAUAGACAGAAAGCAAAUCUACGAAUUCGCUUCAGACCUUCCCUCUUUCAACAUGUUGGUCUGCAUUCUUCACUAACAGGAAAAAUUCAGAAACUUACGGAUAAAGAUUACAUGAAACCAUUACUUCUAAAAAUCCAUGUAAACCCACCUGCAGAAGUAUCUACUUCUUUGAAGGUCUACCAAGGACAUACACUGGAGAAAACAUAUAUGGGGGAGGAUUUCUUCUGGGCUAUAACCCCAGUGGCAGGAGACUACAUCUUGUUUAAAUUUGAUAAGCCAGUCAAUGUAGAAAGUUAUUUGUUCCAUAUGCAACCAAGAACAUCCAGGAGAUAGUGCUGUUUAAACACAUCUGUGGACGUUUUGCCUUUUAAGGGUGAAGGUUUGGAAAUAAGCAAGGAAACCAAAGACAAACGAUUAGAAGAUGGUUAUUUCAGGAUAGGAAAAUUUGAGAAUGGUGUUGCAGAAGGAAUGGUGGAUCUCAACCUAAACCCCAUUGCAGCCUUUCGACUUUCAGUUACUCAGAAUUCUGCUGUUUGGGCCAUUCUUAAUGAGAUUCAUAUUAAAAAAGUCACCAACUGAUUAUCUCCUAAGAAACCAAUACAUCUUUUUUUCCUGGAAAUUUGUUGAUUAAAGAUAACAAAGCAUGUACUUUUUUUUUUUUUUUACUUGAACGCUACCUCUUGUGAAAUCUACUGUAGAUGAUUGUCAUUUCCACUCGGAAAGUGAACCUCCCACAGAUAAUUAUAUUCAUUCAAACCUAAGCUGUCCUCCAAUUUUAACUUGACUCAAACAUUUUACACUUAUGACAGCCUAUUAAUAUGACUUGUACUGUUUUGGUAUUAUACUAAUACAUAAGAGUUGUACAUAUUGUUACAUUCCUUCAAUUUGAGAAGAAAAUAAUGAUAAAUACAUUUUAUGAAGGGGGUACUUUUGAAAUUCAUUUAUUUUACUAUUAUAGACCCUCUUUUAUAGAUAUCAGGGAUUAUAUAUAUAUAUAUAAAUAUACAUAAAAAUGUUAUGGAGUUAAUUUAUUAGAAACACUUAAGAAGUACAUAUUUUUGUGCAGUAAACUUUUGAAUCAAUACAUUUUUUGAAAAAUGGUUACCUUGCUUUUUUAAGUUCUUCCUAUAUUUUCCUUUGGAAAUGCAAACAUUAUAGGUUAAUGCCAUUUUUCAAAUGCACUGCCACUUAAGAGUGAUUUUAGAUUGAUUUCCUAAAUGAAAUACUUUUUUACAGUAGCUUCCUGCCAUCUGCAGUUUUGCUUUCUGCGGUUUUAGUUAUCCAUAGUCAACUGUGGUCCAAAAAUACUAAAUGGAAAGUUCCAGAAAUAAACAAUUCAUAAGUUUUAAAUUG